AGAAAAACACACCAUAAGUCCGAAAAGUUGUCGCCGAUCAAAACUCUGCUAUUCCCAUAGCCCAGUGCACUUGAUCGGAGACCGUACGUCGCCGUUAACAUUAACCAUCAACCCAUAUAGCGUAUAAGCCCAAUAUUUUGAAAAUCGAAGGGAAUCAGGUGGAAGAAGGAGAAACAACAACAACGCAAGCUCGCCACGUCAGUGGGAGUGAGCGAGAGCGCAAACAAGUAGCGUACGGGAGUGAGCGAGAGACAAGAAAGCAAAAUGUUUAGCAACUUUAAGGAGCGUAUUAUUUCGGCCAUAGCGCCCGACUUGCCACCCCUGCCGGGCAACAGCGAGCGGGCUAUUGGCGCUGGAAGCGGUCACCAUCACAACUCAACGCACCAGCGACUCCGGUUCGCCGCUUCCGGCGGACAGCCAAUGCCGGACAAGUUCCCCUAUGCCCGGCCGCCCUUUCUGCAGCUUCUCACGCAGGACGAGCUGCGCGCCUCGGCGGACCACAAUGUGCGGCCCAUCAUCGUGCCGCGGGACAUCAACCUGCUGCCCUGGGGCACAGGAUACGCCGAAUGUGUUAAUUCCGGAAAAUCCGAGUGGAACGAGGACCAGGGUGCCUUCUGCCGGCAAGUUCUUUCGGAUCCGGAGCAUAAACACCCAGAUCUCCCGUACACAUACUUCGGCAUUUUCGACGGACACGCCGGUUAUGGAGCCGCACUGGCCGCCUCGCAUCAGUUUCAUCACAUCCUGCACGAGAAGCUAGUGGACUGCCUGGAGCUCCUCCUGCCACGGGAUGCGGAUGCCACGAAUAGUGGCGGGGAUCGCAACAAGCUGAAUCCCACGUUCCCCCACCCCAUUUACUUCCAGCGCCGGGUGACUAAGGACGAACUAAUCAUCGGGGCGCUGGAGAGUGCCUUCUUCAACAUGGACUCGUUAAUAGCGCAGGACAGUGAUCGUUAUCGAGAUGCUGGGGGUUGCACCGCUUGCGUUUCAUUGUUUAUCGAUGGCAAGAUGUAUGUGGCCAAUGCCGGCGACUCCAGAGCUGUGCUCUGCCAGCGGCGUGCCACUCCUGAGAGGCCACAAGCAAAUACUGACUCUGGGAUUGAGCCGGAUCGCUUAGAAGCUAGUUGUUAUCCAGUGCCGUUCUCGGCGGAUCACACGCCUGAAACUGAGCGCGAACGCCUGCUGAAUGUGGCCAGAUUGAAGCCUCACCUGAUGGGGAAGCAUUAUGUGGCCAUGGAGUACGCAAAGCGGCCGCACAUCAAGGACAUGGGCCAGCGCAUUCUCUGCCGACAGGGCACCAUGCGUGGCUGGACAUACAAAACUUUGACCAUGGAAGAUCUCUGCAUGCCGGUGGUCAAUGGCGAGGGCAAAAGAAGUCGUUUGCUGGGUACGUUGGGGGUCACGCGCGGCUUUGGCGAUCACGAGCUGCUAGCCAUCAACACAGGUAUUCAGAUAAAACCAUUCCUCACGCCUCACCCCGAUGUCAGGCAGCGGGAUCUGACACAGGUGGUUUCAAUUCCGGAUGAGGACAACCGGGAUGGCGACUACGGCGUGCUCGUCAUGGCCACCGAUGGCCUGUGGGAUGUGUCCGAAAAUGACGCCGUUUCACGCACCGUCUUCCAGACGCUCUCCAAAUAUCCAACGGAGAAACAUCGUUACACGAUGGUCGCCCAAGAGCUGGUGGCCCGUGCUCGUGGCAAAAUCAACGACUCCGGGCAUUGGCGACUCGCAGAUAGCAAGGCUGCGGCCACUGUUGAUGACAUCUCGGUGAUUGUAAUCCCGGUUUGCCAGUAUUACAAAGAGCACGUGGAGUGGACGCAAAACUACAAACGAGAUCUAGAACAUCGUCGCCGCCAGGCCCAGGCCAAUAUGGCACAGGAAGCGGUCAACGUGCUCAAUGGCGUGUUUGCCGAGGAAGCUCACGUGGUUGAAGAGGAAGAGGAAGGCGAGGUGGUUGUACAUGAGGCCGCCAGGAUAUCUCACAUUCAAACGGAAGUUCCAAGGCGGGUGGACGGGACUCUCGAAGAAACCCUGGUGGUAGAGCUGACCCCUUCUCUGGAGCACGUUCACAUUCAGAACGCGGAUUCAGCGGCAGUCGAAUCCAGAAAGGAGAAUGAUAAGGACAAAGAGGCGUCCACGACGCGACAGCAGAAGGGUCGCAAGGGCAAAGGCAAGCAUUAGGACGAAGGUAAUGCCACCCAAGCCGAUACAUUAGUCGUAAUUAGACACAGCAAUAUUCAAACGGAUACGGAUGCGGCAGAAACGGGCACAUCUAUAUUUUUUUUACACUCCACACGAGAGGACGAAUUCAAAACAUUCAAAGUUUACAUAAUUUGCUUAUGUACGCCCCCAAAACGAAACAGAAACGCAAGUCGACUUAAUUAAGCUGUACAAUAAUUUGCGGUAAUGAAGUGUAUUUAUUUUAUCCAGAAAGAUUGAAAGAUGAACAAAGCCCAAUAGUAACGGAGGCGAUAUUUUCAAUAACGCAAAUAAAAACCUUAUGAUUCCAAACGAAAACAAAAAGUAAUGUAAGCUGCGUAUAACAUAAACCAACUAUUAAUAUAAAAUAUAACAACAAAUAUUGUUAACUAGAAA